UUAUUUUAUAUUUUUGGUGAUUGCGAAACUGUCAAACGGGUCGCAGAUGAGAUGAUUUCAUUUAUUUUUCUUUGAAAUAUUUAUUGUUUUUAAGUUUAUUUCUUAUUUUAGCGAAGUGCCUUUGAAAUACCUAAGGGUUUAUAUAUAAAUAAGUUGUGUUGUUAGUGUUUUUGGUGUUAAAACAUGGAAGAUAUAUUUCAAUGGUGUAGGGAAGGAAAUGCACUGCAGGUGCGAGUUUGGCUCGAUGAUACGGAACAUGAUAUGAAUCAGGGAGAUGAUCAUGGCUUCAGUCCUCUCCACUGGGCGUGCAAGGAGGGCCACAUUAAGAUUGUGGAGAUGCUCAUCCGCCGCGGCGCGCGCAUCAAUGUCACCAACAUGGGAGAUGAUACACCACUGCAUCUCGCAGCCGCCCAUGGGCACAGACCUAUUGUGCAGCUGCUGCUACAAAACCGUGUAGAUGUAAACUUCACGAACGAGCACGGCAACUCGCCCCUCCACUACGCCUGCUUCUGGGGCUACAGUGCCAUCGCCGAGGACUUGCUGAUGGCCGGGGCUCUCGUGUCGUUGGCCAACAAGGACGGUGACACGCCGCUGGAUAAGACUAGGGGACAACUUGUGCAGAGACUGCACGAGCUAGCCACCCAACAGGGACAGGAUCUGAAGAAGAUUCAGUUCAAGGACCAGUCCUGGCUCGGCCUGAAGACGAGGAGCAGGGACGCCACCCUCUCGCGCCACAAAGGCAUCAAUAUCAACGAACUGUCGCUGCACACCAGGAUCGCUGUUACUCCCUCAGGUGAGACGUGGCGCGGCAGAUGGCAGAAGAACGACAUAGUGGCGAAGAUCCUGGCGGUGCGCGAGUGCACGCCGCGCAUACAGCGGGACUUCAACGAGGAGUUCCCCAAGCUCAGGAUAUUCUCGCAUCCUAAUAUAUUGCCUGUUGUGGGUUGCUGUGUAUCUCCACCGUCUCUGGUGGUGAUCUCGCAGUACAUGUCGUGGGGGUCCCUGUACGGGCUGCUGCACGGGGGCGGGGGCGCGGGCGCGGGGGGCGCGGGCGCGCUGGUGCUGGACGCGGCGGCCGGCGCGCGCCUCGCGCACGACGUGGCGCGCGCCAUGCGCUACCUGCACGCGCUGCAGACCGACAAGAUACUGCCCACAUAUGCGCUUAACUCUAAGCAUAUUAUGAUCGACGAAGACCUAACAGCCCGUAUCAACAUGGCGGACUGCAAGUUCUCGUUCCAAGAGAAGGGUCGCGUGUACUCGCCGGCGUGGAUGGCGCCCGAAGCCCUGCAGAAGCCCCCGUCCAAGCGGAACCUGGAGGCCGCCGACAUGUGGAGCUUCGCCAUCUUGCUGUGGGAACUUGCUACUAGAGAAAUCCCCUUCGCCGACCUGUCUCCAAUGGAGUGUGGCAUGAAGAUAGCGCUGGAAGGUCUCCGCGUCACCAUCCCGCCCGGCAUCUCCCCACACAUCGCCAAACUGAUCAAGAUCUGCAUGAACGAGGACCCUGGCAAACGACCCACCUUCGAAAUGGUCAUACCUAUCCUUGAGAAGAUGAAACGCUGAAAGUAAACAAAGGUUUUUAAUAUUUUAUAUUUAUUUAUGUGUCUGAUGUAUGUAGCAAGGUGUGUAUUUGGAAUGUGUAUACUUGAAUAAUGUAUCUGGUGAUAAAUAUUGCACAUUUUUGGCCAGGCUGGAACUAGUUGACCGCUACUUAAGUGACGAACAGGGGUGAAGUUUGCCUACUACUUGUAACGCAUUUUAGAUUAGACUAUGAUGAUUGAUGACCAAUCUCCAGAUAUCGUGAAUAAUAAUUGUUCAAUUAUUGAAACAAAUGAUCUUUUAGAAGUUUAACGCGCGCGGCCACCUACAUAGUUCCGGGCGCACUAUCCAACACGUAUAUUGUAAAACUAGUCGAUCACUCUCCUCGAAUCAUAAAAAGAUUUCACACUCACAAUCUUAUUGUCUCUGUCCAAAAAUGUAUGUGCAAUAUUUCCAGGUACUGUAAUGUAUGUUACUUGUGAAAAAGUUAAAAAUAUGUUUCUUUUAUUCUUUCUUUUUAUAUUUAUAUAUUAAUUUCUCUUACAACGAAGUACGCAACCCACCUUGGAUUUAUAUUAUUUUUGAUAAAAUACAUUUCAAAUAUACACCUUGUUUGACUCGAAACGCCAAGUACUAUUAAUGUUUAUAAAUGUUUAUUUACGAAAACAAACGUACAAUAUGUGGCUUUUAUUGUGUGACACUUGUAUACUGAAAUGUUAUUCAAUUUUCAUAGAUUAUAAUAUGCUGUGAUGAAGUAUAUUUCGAAUGCCUCGUUGGUCGAGUGGUCGGAAGUGCGACUGCCGGACAAGGGCUCUCGGGUCGCAGGUUGUGCAGUCGGAAAACUUCGUUGAACCGUGCCACUGUCUCGAACCCAAUACAAACUUAAAUACACAAAUACUUUAAGUACAAUUUAAAUUGAAUAACAUUUGAGUGUCUGAGUAUUAAUGUUCGCUGACUGUAAAUCCCGCAUUUCGAUGUUUACAGUAAGGGUCAAUUUAUACUAGCGCAGAGUCGAAGCGUAUCGAAGCGUCUUUCCAAAACUGAACAUAUUCGACUCUGCGCUAUUAUAAAUCGACCCUAAGAGAUUAUAUACGAAACCAUUUAUAGGUGUAAGAAUAAAAACAGAAGAAUAUAUUAUUUGAUUAUAUGUUGUCAAUAACUGAUGAUUUUGCAAGUAAAUCAUAGAAAAUAAAACAUCAGUGCCAUCAGUAAUAUAAGCAUUUCAAAUUGAACAAAUAAAUGUUUAAAAUUAAUUCUCUUUUCAACCAUUUUUUAUGUAAUGUUCUAUGUUUAUUUAAAAAUGUAUUUAAACAUCACUAAACCAUCUUGUUUAACUGCCAGUAUUUUAAGUGUUGUUUAGUACUUAGGUUGUGUUCUAAUUAAUUAAAAAUAUCUUUUGGUUUUAAUGAAAUGUGAAUUUUCGAAGUAAUUUUACUAAAUUUAUUAAAUUAUGUUUUACAGAUUAGUAAGGAUAUGUGCUAAUAUAUAAAUCGGUGCUAAAGCAAAUUUUAUGUACGAGAAAUAUGUAAACCAUAGAGCUAUGAUAUUUAUACCAUUAUCUGUGACAAUUAGAAAAUGCUUUGUUAUAAAAAUGACGAAUAUUUUCCUUUUUUACCGAAUUUUAUGUCUCGAUAGAAGCCAAGAAUCUCUAUCAUGUUAUUUAUAUUGUUGAGAUUAAAUGUAAUUGCCGUAAUCCAUGUAUCGUGUAAUAAAACUAAUUGUUAACGCUAUUGUGAACUGUGCCUUAUAACCCGGCCAAAUAACAUAUUGCCUUAUGACAUAACUGUUAUAACUUAAGCAUAGAUUUUAAAUAUUUUUGAUGACAAAUAAAUGUUACAACUUUCAUAAAGUUGUUUAAUAAACUAACGAUUUAGUAAUA